CUUACCGAAUAGUAGUGAAACAAGCACCAAGUGCAGUGAAAUAAAGCUUGCUGUAACAGAAGCUGACCAAAAGCAUUCAGCUGAUCGACGAAAUGCUUACUUUUCGUUCGUUUCCCCCACAAACAAUGCUGAUCGCGAUAAAUCGUUCUCUCCCUCCCCCCAAACACCUUGGCAUGCACAGUCGCCAAUGUCUCUGGUAGACCAAGUUGUUCUAACGCAACAACAAAGCACUAGCUUAGCAACAAGCACAGUAACAACGGUGAGCGCAGCUCUCACAACAACGACUACAACCACGACUUCAGCAAUGACAGCGGUUUCACAACGCAGUUCACCCACACCUGCACAAACGGAAAUUUCGGCACCAGCCCAAGCCAAGCAACGCAGCUCAGCGCAAGUUGACCUACUUAAUCCAACAACCCGUACAUUGACUCAAACGGGUAUUGAUAGGUAUAUACAAGUCAAACGAAAAUUAAGCCCACAGCAGCAAAAAAUUGCAAACCCAUCAAAAAUUGCAAAAACGAAAACCACUGACAUUAACCCUCUACUGGGAAAUAAGUUUGCGAUUCUGGACAAUGAAUGUGACAAAGAGCCGAAUGAAGUUUCUAAAGCCAAACCCAAACCGCCCCCAAUUUAUUUACGAGAGCAAAACUGUAGUGAGUUUGUGAAUAAAUUAACUCAGCUUAUUGGAGACAAUACGUUCCACGUAACAUCAGUUACCAAGGGCAAUAUUAAAGAGACUAAACUUCAGAUUCUAACUGAAGAAAAUUAACGGUUGGUAACCAAACACCUUAAUGAAGAUAGGAAAAACUUCUAUACGUACCAGCUCAAAAGCAGCAAAGGACUGCAAGUAGUAAUAAAAGGUAUAGAAUCAAGUGUACCCAUUGCUGAUAUUGCUCAUGCUCUAGAGAACGCAGGAUUUUCUAUUAAAAAUGUUGUCAAUAUUAUCAACAGAGCAAAAAUCGCUCAGCCUAUGUUUAAGGUAGAACUUAAGCCAGAAACAAAGCCAAUGAAUAAAAACGCAGUGCACCCAAUCUACAAUCUACGAUACCUUCUACACCGAAGAAUAACAGUGGAGGAGCCGCACAAGCGAAACGGUCCCGUACAGUGCACAAAUUGUCAAGAAUUUGGGCACACCAGAACAUACUGUACCUUGCGCCCAGUGUGUGUUGCCUGUGGCGACCUUCACGCUUCCGCUUCUUGCAAGGCUAUCAAAGAUGAUGUGGCUGUAAAGAAAUGCAGUAAUUGCGGAGGUAACCACACCGCCAAUUAUAGGGGAUGCCCUGUAUACAAAGACUUAAAGUCUCGCAUGAAUCAGCGCAACACAGCCGUACGCUCU